AUGGAGGCUGAACGAAUAACCGGAUCCCCGCCUGCACCGGCAGAGAUUGAGCUGCACCUCUCCCCAUACAAAAACCAUCCAGAAGAGGCAGAUGGUUACCAUAUCGCGCCGCAAAAUGCAGUUGUUUCUGGCGAUUAUCAAACGAAAACGAAACCAUCGCUGUUAGCUGAAGACUUUCGUCAGCUUUCUAUAAGUCCAGCUCCCAGUGGAAGACUUUCCCCGAUUCCCCAUGGACCAUAUAAUCCGACGGGAGUUCAUCCGCCUCCUCUCGAAGCGCCGUCGUCUCGGUUGAAACAGUUUUGGAUAAGAAACAAGCCUUCUAUACUUGUCGCAGUCUCUCAGUUUUUCGGGGCUUUGAUGAACCUCAGUGCUCGACUGCUGGAAUUAGACGGCGAUGGAAUACAUCCGAUCCAAGUGCUUCUCCUUCGGCAAGGGCUCACGUCUGUCGUCUGCUGUGCGUAUAUGUGGUGGAAGGGCAUCCCUGAUUUCCUCUUGGGCAAUAAAGAGGUCAGGUGGCUUCUGCUGGCUCGUGGUUUCUCGGGGUUCUUUGGCAUAUACGGCAUGUGGUAUUCCAUGAUGUAUCUGCCGCUCGCCGAUGCCACUGUCAUUGGCUUCCUCGCCCCUGGUGUGGCUGGUCUUUUAUGCUACUUUGCCUUGCGUGAGCCGUUUACACGACCGGAGCAAAUUGCCACGGGCGUAGCCCUUUUAGGGGUGAUACUCAUUGCUCAGCCAAUUUCUUUGUUCAUGGACCUCUCUUCGUCCGACGACCAGGUGGUGGAUGCUCCUGAGCAAGUGGAUGGGGCUUUCCCUGGUCUCGACCGCGAGCCCACUGCUGAAGAGCGGCUGCUCGCUGUUGGUGUUGCUCUUCUUGGGGUAUUGGGAGCUGCUGGCGCUUUCACAUGCAUUCGUACCAUUGGAAAGCGCGCUCAUCCUCUGAUCUCGGUCAACUUCUUCGGCAUGGCGUGCACAUUCAUCUGCAUCAUUGCGUUAAUUCUGGCGCCAACUCUCAACAUCAGCCAGCCUCACUUGAGGUGGAUCACGCCAACGUCUUGGAAGGGAUGGUUUCUGCUCCUCUGGAUUGCAGUGCCCGGCUUCAUAAUGCAAUACCUGUUGACUUCUGGCCUUGCAGCCGACAAGUCCAACAAAGCAAACGCCAUGAUAUAUACGCACAUGUUGUUUGCCGUCGGCUUUGACAAGUGGAUCUUCGACCACAGCAUGAGUAUGACAAGCCUGGCUGGCUGUGCUCUUAUUCUUGGCAGCGCCAUCACCGUCGUUUUCACAAAGAAUCCGCCAGUUCCAAAAGCGAACGAUGUCGAGAGGCAGGGGAAUCUAGAAGGAGAAGCAGAAGGAUCGCCGAUGCUUGUCGAUACGGGGGUUCAUGUAGAAGGAAUAAAUUUGAAUAGAAAUUGA